UGACUAACCGACCAACUUUUGUUUUGUGAAAAAGGCAGCACAUCAGCCCGGGGGGAGAGAGCAGAAAGUUAAAACUGGGGAGACAACCGUGGCAAUGGCAUAUAGAAGAGGCUUCUAUGUGGUCCUCUUCUUUUUAUGCAACCUGGCUGUGGCACUAACAGAGAGCACUGGGCCUUGCUACAGAAUCGAGCCGGGGACAGUAGCAGGCAUCAUCUGUGCAGACGUGGUGCUGACACUUAUCAUUGUCAUUGUCACCUACCGGUGUGCCAGCUUACGCCGUCAGAGAAUAGACAAUGCUAACAAAGUGUAUAUGAAUGUCCGGGCCAACUGCAAGAGCUGAUCCAAAGAUUGUGCAGAACAAUGGGAAAUGAUAUUCAAUUUUAAAAUUCUGUUGUUGUUUUUAUAAAAAUAUCUUUCAAAACGUUAUAGAAAUUAUGUGAACAAUUUAAUUAUUUUUGCAAUAAGCAGAAUAACACUGUCUUUAACAGGCUAAAUGACUUCUCAGUUUUUUAGAUUUACAAUAAAUACAGUAUAAGACAAAAAAACUAACUGUUUUGAGUAUUAAAAAACUUUUACUAUAUUUGGUCACAGUGUGUGCUUUUGUACUUGAGCUCUCAGCGUGGACAUAUUUUGAGCAUCCUUAAUAUUUAGAGGUGUUUCAGACUUUUCAUGGGUCAAAGUGAAACCAUGCUAAUCACAAACAAAAACCUUGUGAAUAGAAUAUUUAUGAGUCCUUUUAAGUUAAAAAGUAACUAAGUAAAACCUAAGUAAAAACACCCCACAGCACCCUCUGCAGGUGGACUUUAUGCCUGCAAAAUGUCUGAGCACUUCGUUUUACAGGCCCUGGAGUUUUAAACCAUUUCAAUCUCAAAAGAUGUAUCUGUAUAGGUGAUUAUCAAAAAAUCUAAGUGAGUUGAUGAAGAGAAUUGUUAAUAAAGAAAAAUAUGUCAUGUGUUGCUAAUUAUUACAAUAAAUUAAAAAGACAAAACA